AUGCGUCUUUUUACCCUUUCUUUCUGCUUCUUCGCUGCAUCCGCCUCUGCUCAAAGUCUAUCUGUGACUAUCCCAAGCUCAGCCCCACCUGCGGCAAUUACGCUCAGCCCGUCGCUGUUUUCGUUCUCCAUCGAACAGGACGGCUGGACCCUGUGGGCAGGUACCAACACGACCAACACCUUUCUCGUCAAUGUGCUCGACAAUAUCAUCGAGAGGGCCGGUGACGGUCCGUGGUUCCGGAUCGGGGCCGACAGCGAAGACAGGACGGACUUCAAUCCGGCAGUCCAGUAUUCGCAGACGGUUUCAAGUCGACCGAGUGUAGCUACUCCUUACCCAGAGGUCUUCAUUUUUCAUUUAUUUCCUUUGAAUUUCACUGAGCGAAAUCCCCCACAGGCCUCUGAAGUUAUCGUCGGCGACCAGUUCUAUCAAAUCGCAGAUCACCUGCCAUCUGGGACACAUGUUGUCUGGGGAGUGAAUCUUCGACAUCUCAACGCCACCGCCUUCUUCCUCGAAGCCUCAGCGAUUCACAAGGCAUUCACCUCCGAGGCGAUGAAGAAAGCCGGCCUGACCUUGGAGUUUAUUGAAAUCGGGAACGAACCCGACCGGUACCCGACACCUGGCUGGAACUACACGCAAUAUGUCAGCAAGUUGAGUCGCUUUCCGGAUCAGUUUCCUGUCCAUCUGACUCUGGCUAGCUGGAGCGCAUUUGCCACCAACCUUUCCGAAUCGAAUUUCGUGGGCAAAAACGGCCCGAAGCUGUUCGGGCCGUCGUUCGCCAGUGUGUUUGACGACGACACGGGAUUCUCGCCCAAAGGUGUCAUCAGCGCCGGAAUACUGAACGGGGCUGGAUCGCUUCUUACGACAUAUUCCCAGCACCACUAUUCAUGUGGAGCUGGAGAGAAUUUAGUCGACUUACUAGUGAAGGAUAACAUUCGGAGUAACGUCAGCAUUCUUGCCCCAGGCAUCGCAGUCGCCAAGGCCCACGGCUUGGAUUAUGUGCUGGGCGAGACAAACUCCUGCUUCGGCCACGGUGCCGUCAACACCAGCAACGUUGGAGGGAUCGCAGUCUGGACCACGGACUACCUAUUCAAUGCUGCCCAAGCAGGAGUAUCGCGACUGUUCUUCCAUCAAGGUAUCGGCUACAAGUACAAUGCAAUCCAACCUGCUACGUUGACCAGGUCAACGAUUGAUGGUACCGCACUGAGCACGCCCCUUCUGCCCCACGUCCAGCCUGCAUACCACGCUGCGCUCGUAGCAGCCGAAGCCAUUGGUCCCAGUGGACAUUGUGCUGGGAUUGAGCUCUCGAUCGAUGACGCCGAUGUUUCCGGUUACGCAUUCUACGAGCAAGGCGUCCUGAAACGAGCACUCCUGAUGAGCCACACUGUGUACCUUUCCAGCAGCUCGCUCCCUCGGGGAAGCAAGCAGGUGGACAUUUCCUUUGCAAACUCGAUGACAUCCCCGGGAGCGAGCGUGCGAGUCAAGCGUCUCUCCAUCCCAUCAGCCGACGCAACAACCGGCCUCAGAUGGGCAGGUCAGAGCUUCGAUACCCCAGACGGAAAAGCAACUGGCGCUGGAGGGGGCCUCAUUGCUAGCAUUGCAACAUGUCCACUGGACGUUAUUAAGACGAGGCUGCAGGCGCAGCGGGCCAUUCGCGGGCAUCACGAGUAUGAGGGCAUACUGGAAAUCGUCAGGUCCAUCGUGAAGCACGACGGCCUCCGAGGUUUCUAUCGCGGUCUCGGCCCAACCAUGCUUGGCUACCUCCCGACAUGGGGCAUAUACUUUUCUGUGUAUGACGGGAUCAAGACUGCGUUCGGCGAACCGCCGUUGGGAGUUUCGCAAGAGAAGCUGUAUCCCGCCGCCCAAGUGAAGGGCUACCAACCUGUCAUGCGUGAACACCCGUGGUCGCUUCACAUUCUUUCCGCUAUGACUGCUGGCGCAGCAAGCACUAUCUGUACAAAUCCACUAUGGGUUAUAAAAACGCGAUUCAUGACCCAAUCCAGAACAGAAACCAGAUACAAGCACACAAUAGAUGCGGCAAUGACGAUCUACCGAACUGAGGGCAUCAGUGCAUUUUAUCGUGGUCUCCUUCCGAGCUUGAUGGGAAUAACCCACGUUGCCGUUCAAUUUCCACUGUACGAGCAACUCAAAGUGUGGGCUCAGGCAGGCUCUCCUGCGCCGCCAUCGAAUCAAUCCAUCCUCCUCUGCUCCGCGAUCGCAAAGAUGACCGCAUCGAUUGCAACAUAUCCGCACGAGGUGGUGCGAACGCGAUUACAAACGCAACGACGGCCGCUGGCAGAGUCAUCUGACGGGCUUCUGAAUCGGAUGGACCAGGGAGGAGUGGUGCAUACGACGCGAAAGUUGAUAAAGACAGAAGGAUGGAAGAGCCUGUACAAGGGACUAUCCGUCAAUCUCAUCCGUACUGUGCCCAACAGCGCAGUCACAAUGCUCACAUACGAGGUGCUGAUGCGUCAUCUCUAUCGGACACCGUGAUAUGCAUCCUACUAGAUUGUAUUGUACUAAUUAUCCGGCUGCUUAUGCAAAUGAUCGUCGAAGGGUUUAUUGUAUUACACA